AUGAAGGGUCUCGUCAUUUUCGUCGGAGGGCUGGCGGAUGUUCUUGCCCAAGAGGACCCCAACUGCCUCCAACACCAGCUCGAUGAGCACUGCCUUGAGCAGACUGGCUUCCCAUACCUUCGAUAUAAUCGGGCCAAGGGAAAAUGGCGUUGCUACGGAAGCCUCGCACCAGACGGCAGCAUGCAUCGAGAGUGCACAGAUAACUUCGGGAACCGAAUCGAUUGCGUCCGACACGCUGAUGAUAGUCCUUUUCUCGGCGGGGUCCACGCUUACGUCUUGGAUGCGCUGACGAUGGGAUGCCAAGUCGACGAGUAUGACGAAUACGAUCAGACCAGUACUACAGAGGGAACAGUUACUACCACAGUAAUAACUACAACGGCCGACACGACAACAUCAUACGUUGAGCCAAGCACUGACGAACCUAUGUCAGAAAACCAGCUUCCGGAAGCUCGAUGA